AUGGUUCUCAACCGGGUGUUCAACCAGCCUCCUGUGAUGCAUCCCAAGGCGCGGCAGGAUAUUACCCGCCAAAAUGUAGGAGAGCUUUUCCAGACCGCGGCCUUUCGAGACCUUGUCGCCAACAGACUCGCGAACUCUGUCAAGAUCCCGACGAUAACCUAUGAUGGCAUGGGGCAUGUCGGAGAAGACUCUCGCUGGGACGUGUUUUACGAGUUCUCGGAUUACCUGAGGAAGAGCUUCCCAAGAGUUUAUGAGUCUCUGACGGUUGAGACAAUCAACGAACACGGCUUGCUGUACACAUGGCAGGGGGCACAGGAGGACAUGAAGCCACUCCUGUUCAUGGCACAUUCCGAUGUUGUCCCUGCUGGUGAAUCGACAACUGAAGCUUGGACGUAUCCUCCCUUUUCAGGAUAUUACGAUGGAGAGUACAUCUGGGGUCGGGGCUCCGAGGACGACAAGUCGAACUUGAUUGCGAUGCUGUCUGCCAUCGAUUGCUUGCUCGCAUGCGGCUUCGCGCCGAACCGGACCGUCAUCGUCUCCAACGGUUUCGACGAAGAGGGCGGAGCGGAACAGAGCUAUGGCGCCAGAUGUCUUGCAGAGACUCUACUGGAUAGGUACGGGACAAAUGGCAUCGAGAUGAUUUUCGACGAGGGCAUCGCGGGCGUUGAGAAGCGUUUUGGCACCGACUUCGCACUGCCUGCGACUGCCGAAAAGGGGUACAUUGACGUGACCGUGACUGUCAACGUUCCAGGAGGCCACUCCUCUACACCACCCGACCAUACAGCCAUCGGCUAUCUGGCUCAGAUUGUUCGACUCAUUGAAGAUCAUCCCUUCACCUCGCAGCUCGUUCGGAAUAAUCCGACGCUCACGUACCUUCGACAGGCUGCACUCUAUUCGAAGGCGAUGCCUGAAGACCUGCGACAAGCGAUUCUAAGUUCCCAAAGCCCCAAGAAGCUCCUGGACUAUAUGGACAGCGAUCGUGAAAGACGAGCCAUGAUUAGAACCUCGACUGCAGUUGACGUUAUCCAAGGUGGAGACAAGGUCAACUCGCUCCCCGAGAACGCCAGUAUCCUAGUCAAUCACCGCAUCGCCAUCCAAGACUCAGUCACCGCCGUCAAGGACCAUUAUAUCCAACUCCUCGGCCCUUGGGCCAAAGAACGCAGCUUCAAACUAUACGCUUUCGGCGCCCAGAGCCCACCCGAGAAUGCUACUUUGACUGCGCUCAGCAAUACUUCUGACUCUGGCGAUCUCACACUGACUGCUCAUUACGAACUAGAGCCUUCUCCAGUGUCGAGCGCCGAAGAUCCAAGAUUCGCGUUGCUGGCUGGGACGAUCAAAGGCGUCUUUGGGGACGAUGUCGUGGUUGCUCCAGAGAUGCUAACAGGCAACACCGACACGCGAUAUUAUUGGGAUCUCUCGCCCCAAAUAUAUCGCAUGUCACCCUGGCGGGCCUGCCACGAUCCUCGUGGAACUCGCAUGCAUACGGUCGACGAGCGGAUGCCGAUUAAAGGUCUCAUGGAAAUGGUCCACUUCUACCACGAAUUCAUCCGCGUCGUCGACGAGGUGCGGAUAGAAGAUACUUGA